CAUAAUGGUUCUGAAAUCUGUAAUGCUUUGACAGUGUGUGCUGGUAAGGUCACUAGUUUAUCCUCACCUUCAAAAGUUCCUCAGGAAACAUUGCUUUCCAAAUUAUCUCCCAGAACGAUUGUUAAGAAUUGUGGGGCUGUAAAUGAGUCAUCAGUCACUGACACAGUGGCAGAUAAACUCAUUGACAAACACAAAGGGAAGCUCUCCUUUUAACAUUGUAGAAAAUGAUGAUCAAUCUUCUCAGAGUACUCCAGGAAAGACAAACAGGGUUAGAAUUGAGAUGAAACGUAAAAAUGGUCAGCAAAAUUUUAAAAAGUUUCCAACAAAUCUGGUACCUCCAUUAGACUCAUUCCCACCCAGUUCAGGUAGCCAGAGAGAGGGUGCCAUGGGCUCCGAAAACUGCACUCAGAAUUCACCAAACCAAGAAGUAUUUACCUUUCACAACUAUUCCAAGGACACAUUUAGUACUUCACCUAACACUACCCAAAGCUUUGACAAUAUGUCUGAACACGCAGCUGACAAAGAAAGUCUUGGUGAAUCAUCGCAGUUUAGCUUGACAUUGGCAGAGUCUCCAGAACCAUUCACAGAUAGAGGCAGUGGAGAAACAACCCAAGAAAAGAAUCAAGAGGGCGGAAACAAAGUAUCAGAUAGUGAUGUUGAGGUUGAUGAGUGUAUAGCCAGUGUUGAUGAUCCUCCCAAUGAGGAUGAGAAUCCUGAGUCAGUGCUUCAAGACUUUAAUAUAAUCAAAAUUGAAGAGGAGAGCAUUCCUAUAUUCAAAAAACAGACAGAAGCAAAGAGUAGUUCAACUUCCUUAGGCAGUUUUGUGGAAGAACAUUCAGAUGCAAUCAUUACUCAGCAACUUCAUAAGGAAAGAGUAAGGUCUUCAAGUGCAAGCAAUGAUUCUUUGAAACAAACAAAAACGACUCUACGAAUUCUUCAAUUGCCUGAGGGUAAGCAGCCAGUACUCCUGAGGACUACUGAGAAUCGAUUUGCUAUGCCAGUGCAGGUCAAAACAACUCCAGGUUUCAAACUGAUAACCAGUUCUGCAAAUCCUCAAAUCAAUGUAUCUUAUAUGAAGCCAGGAGUAGAAAGAUCAAGUAAUCAAACUGGUGUAACUUUUACUCCAAACAGCAGGAGACUAGGUGUAUCAACACCAAAGGCAGGAGCUGCUGAAAAAGGGACAACUCUUCUCUCUGCUGUUCAACCAGGUGUUGGCACCACCUCAAAUCACUACUUUAUAAACAGCCCGGGUUUUAAGGGUCCUGUACUCUUUUCAAGCACACCGCAUAAUACACCCACGGACAAAUCUGCAAAGACACAGCCUACAUGCUACUUGGUACAGAGGUCUGUUCCAUUUAUUCACAACCCCAGUACUCCUGGCCUCAGACUGGCAAGUACACAUCUCCCACUGAACUCACGGCCAGUUCUGGCCAUGCCUGUUAGCUCUGCAGACAAACCCAGCAGUCUGCAGCCUGGUCGCCAAGCAUUUUUGCUGCGCUACAUCUCUCCACCCAAAUCAGGCCUACUUCUGAACAAUCAAGAUGCAAAGACUGGAACUCUCUGCAGCCAAACCAGUGAAAGUACUGGAAACAAAGUCAUAUUUAAAAUUGUCACCCCCACUGGUAGCCUUCUUACAAGUGGUGCUCCCACCUCAAGCAGUCAACCUCUGUUUUUGGCCACCAGACCUCAGACCCAGUGUUUUCUGGUGUCAUCAAACAAAAAUAAUACAAAUACCUCCAAUGGAGUCAAGAAAUUGAUCACCAUACAAAAUACUGCACAUAAAAAUGUCAAGGAAUCUUGUAUUUCACCCUCCCAGAUGAAUGUAAAGAUACAGCCGUGUGAAGCAGAGAAACCUGUUCUAGCCCCAAGGCCAAUUCGGCCUCCAAGCCAAAGGAAAAGGCGCAGGAAACCAUUAUUUGAUGAGCUUCCAGCAACAGUGCAUAAAGCUAGAAGACUCACUAAUAAAGUACUGACUGAGAAAGACACUGCUGAGUUAUGGAAGCCUGUAGCCAAAGAAGUUGAAAGGACAUUGAGACUUGCCCCAUUCAGUUCUGCGCAGCAGAUCAAAUGUCCUCGCAGAUACCAACCUGUUGUGGUGCUCAAUCAUCCAGAUGCUGACAUUCCCGAAGUGGCCAAUAUCAUGAAGGUAGUUAACAGGUACAAAGGUGCUGUUACUAAGGUCUCUCUGUCUCAGAAAACAAUCCAAGCGCUCUCUGAGCUUGGUGCUCAAGGGAAGAAUCACUCAACCAAAGGUGUGCUGUCUCAUAGCGAUGAUCCAAGACCUAGGCCAGUUCAGAGUUCUGUCCGAGAACGAUUCCUUUUGAAGCUGAAGUUAAGGAAGAAAAGCAAAAAAAAGUAUGAGGUGGUGGAAACUUUAUCAGAUUGUAGACAAGAAUCAGUGGUGUUUGACUGCUGGUUUUGUGGUCGACUCUUCAACAGCCAAGAAGACUGGAUUGGCCACGGCCAGCGACACCUCAUGGAAGCAACUAGAGACUGGAAUAAACUGUUCUGAAAGUUUUCCCAUUGCCUCUAAAUCGCUUGAUAUUCUGUCCUUUUGAGGUGGAACAAAUGGUUAAAGUUGUAUAUUUUUAAUGACGUUCCGUUAUACAUUUGUUCAAUCUCUGUUAAUGUAAAUAUAUAUUCUUAAGUGAAUCAUAGUUUAUCUUUUCAUAGGUGCAUAUUCUAGUAAAUUAUGUACUGCUAGCAUGAUUUAUAUCAUGCAUGCACAGGUCAAAUAGAACUGUGAAAAUGGUACACUGUAAUUAGGAGCUGUAAGAGCACUGGCUUAAGGAAAGGGGAUAAUAUCAGCAAAGGUUGUAUGCAGAGUUGGAUUAAAUUACUCAGGUGAUUUCAUAUUAAUUUGGUCGGUCAUUUUGCGCGUAAAUUUCAAAAAAGCAUAGACCUAAUUUAAGGGACUUUUGUAUAUUUUAUUAUCCUGCACAUGAGGACAGGAAAUUAUAUUUGUAUAGUUUAACCCUGAGACUUGUAGACAAAUUCAAUUGUUUUGCGCUUGUGUUGAGAAAAAAAUGUUCUGGUCCAAAUUAUUCCUUUUAUGUAUGAUGUUUUAAUUUAACAGGAUAUCAUUUUACACUAUUGUCAGGAGUAGUUUACAGUUUUCUUGUCAGGAUUUUGUCAAUCUGUAGCAUGCAUUUGUCAUAACUAGAACUGAGAUUUUUCAUGUAAUCUCUUUAGUCUGCCAAGUGUUGCAAACAGACCAAUGGUCUUAUAAAAUACUGUAUCUGUUAAACAGAGAUGCUUUGUGGCUCACUGCCAGUACUUGAGAAAUACAGAUCAGCCCAUAACACACCCUAUGCAGUUUCAUUCAAAAUCAUUUUUGUUUUCAGCCUCUGAGGCCGUUUGUUUGUGCACAUGUUGUGAGUCAUGUGAAUCCAUAUUGAUUUCUGAUAAAUCUUAAAGGUCCUGUGAAUUUGCAUUCAGAUUGUAAAUUUAUAUUGUGCAUUGCAGUGUUUGUACACAAAAGAAACUGAUGGUGCGGGAUGGUAACACAAGUCAAGUGUUGUCACAGGGCCUUAAACUAAGAUUUGGUAUUGACUUACAAAACCUUUGGACUCCAGUUGACAAAAUGAUUGCAUCAUUUUAAUCAUUACUUACUGGAAUGAUGAAGAUGAUAUGUACUAUCAUAUGUACCCAAUACUUACAUAAGUGAUCAGGGUUGAAUGUAGUACUGUAAAUUCUUAAAUUAGUAGUUAUUAAAUAAUUGCCACAUGUCACAUAUGAUAGUAUAACAGAUUGCAAUUUUUUUAAAACUCAUAAAAGUUAGGGAUUACUCCUCCUAAGCUGCUGGAAGAUUUUUAAUGUGAAACACUUAUACAGGAAAUUGGCUUGACAGUGGUUUAACAGCAGUAAAUACAAAAAGAAUCCUCUAAAUGACAGCAAGUGAAAUAAAACUGAGUUUCCAUUAGGUAAGACAAACUGGCAGUAGCACAGAGGUGAGUAUGACGUGGAGAAAGUGUGCAAAUUAAAAAAGCAGAUCAGAAAACAGCAAAGCCUCUUGGUAUAAUAUGAUGAAAUAUAUUUAUAUAACAGGGAAAAUAGAAAACCUGGCCAGUAUUUGAGAAUUUACAGUUCACGCAACAUUUACAAAAUAUUUUUUCUUUUAUAUCACACAUGCACAGUCAGGUACACUAAUGAUGCAACACAAUGAUUUUUAUAGGUUGGUGGCCAAAGGGACAACCAAACCACAUUAAAUGAUUGACUGGCUCAGAUCUGGUCAGCUAAGGCAAUGAGGCAGCCAAGAGUGUCAUGCCCUGUGUAACUAUUCCACCCACUACAGAAUAACUAAGUAUGAGCCACUUGGACCACUACCACAGCUCUUUGAGAAAUGGAAACAAUAUUUUUGACCCUCGAAAUUGUGUCACUGCUGCUAGAGCUGUUAGAAUAAGGAUAAAGGUAAUUUAUAUGAUGGGAGGGGUUGGCUGGAUCACCCCCAAAUCUCCUAAAAUUUUAAUGUAAGUACAAAAUGUGACAGCAGUUAACUUGUACACUGUACAGGAAUAGAUGAGGGUGUGAAACAGCAUUUUUGGACAGAUUUGGGUAUAGAACAAAACAGAAGGAUGCACUCAGACCCAAGAUAAAAACACAGAAAAGGCAUUUUUCUUCCCUUGAAACUGUUUUUGGUUCAAUAAAAACUUUCUUGUUAAUGUCAAAUACUUAGAGAGGUGAUUUUAUAGUUACUGAUAUCUUUGUUUUUCAUGUUUUAUCAACAUAUUAGGUGUAAUAGGAACCUUGAACAUGAACUGUGUAUUUCUCUUUCACCUUUUAUUGCAUUAAUGUACUAUAAAUCUGCUCGCUGUCAUCAAGUUCAGUGUGCUGUACAUACAUUUAUUUUAACGUUACAUACCUUCCUUAACAGCAACAGGAAGCAGACUUUGUGUUUUCUUCAUGGGAUUUAGUGAUUGUAUUACAUGAUGAUCGAACCAUGGAAAUGAAUGUUUUAUUCCAUUCAAUAUGCAAAAAUGACUGAAUAUUGCAAGCCAUGGUAAUGUUUUUAUACUUCAAAAUGGUUCCAAACAGACUAGUGAAGUUCUGACUUCAUGAAGGUCUACUUUCCACUGUUUUCCAAAUGUGCAUAUAAACUAACCACUCCAGUCAGCAACACGUUUUUUUUUUUAAUUCAAAGUUAAAUUAAUUCUUUGAAAUGAUUUCAUAUAAAAGUUCAAUAAAUGGUGCAUCAAUAGUAGAUCUCCUUCGCUGAUAUCUUUGAGUUACCAGUAAAACCAAACAUACAUUCAGCUGUUCCACAUUUUACUAAAUACUCAUUUUUUAGAUGUUCAGAUGGAUAUUGAUAUCAUGUCUGUGUGUUGAGUACAGAGCUGGAGUCAGGACAUGGUUAGCCUAGCUUAGAGUUAAGACUGGAAGCAGGGUAACUGGCUUCAGUCCAAAGUCCAAAAACACACCUACCAAUACCUCUAGACCUCAUUGAACAUAUUAUAUCUGCUUCAUUUAAUCACACACACACUGAAAUUAUUUUAGUAUUUUGCCAGAAAUAGUUCCAGCACAUAACUCCCUCUACAUUCAUCUCUACAUUCAGUGUGUACAGAUUAAACAAACCCAUGACAGAAAUGUGUUAACUUGAAAUGUCUGAGUGUAUUUUUGAACGUUGGACUUAGCUGUUUCCCCAUGCUUGCAAAGAAAAUCUAACCACAUCCUGACACCAGCCCUGUAUUAAAUGCCAGGAUCAGCCUACAUGAUUUUUUGUCUUUCGUGAAGGUCACCAUGUCAAAUUAGACUGUCAUAAUGCCAUCAGGUCGUGUCGCAUCUUGGUCAGUUUUACUGCAACUAAUCAUCAUUUAUGUCUCUGAGGAUGAGGGUGAAGAAACUGAAAACCCACUGUCAAGAGCUGCCAAAGUAACAGGUACUGAUAUAAUCCUAACACUGUGUUUGCACCAGAGAGCGCUCUGUCAUCCUACUGGCCAACAUGAAGGAACGCUAAGAGAUGUCACAAUGGGGAGGAAAAUACAAAAAGUUAUAAUAUGCUAGACUUUUCAUCAGGGUGUCGUGGGGUAUCCCAGGUACCACAUCUCUGUGGCCUGUUUUUCUCUCCUGACAUUCAUUCUCAGGCCCAGUACUGACUGUUGGAGUCUGACUGAAUUCAAACAAACAUGAAAUUGAUAUCCAUCUAAUAUGCUAAUCUAUCUAUACAUAUAUACACACACACAAAGACAAAUGUUCAUGUUUUGUUCAUUUUAAAUGUAACAGCACCCCGGCACAAUCAGAACCUUUGAACUGUAAACAAGGGUAGAUGUUAUAAAUACCUGUCAAAUUGCAGUCUGGUUUCUGUUUUUAUGGGGAACAAUAAUCAUGACCUGAUGUUCAGCAGCAAAAUCUCUAAAAUCGCAAGGAUUCAUACAGUGUUACCGCCUUGGUUUAAGGACCCAAGUUAUCUUCUAUCCAAAAAUAUUCAUGUGGUUAAUAUUUCUCUCAUUCAACAGUGGUUUUUCAAAUCAAGGGCUAAAUCGAAAAUACUGCUACUACUACUUGAAAUAAAAGCAUAUGAAGUAACUGAAGAUUCAGAAGUUGUACUUUCAUCAUUGCAACUUUUAUGUUAUUCAGUUAUUACUGAUUUAAUUUUUUUUAAAAUGAAACCAUACUAAUUUCAGCAUUAAGAUGAGAAUAUGACAAUAUUUUUUUUUUCAUGUUUUUGAUCUGUGAAGCUAAUCACAAAAGUGAGCAUUAAGUAAUAUGUAAUGCAGUUCUUUAACAUUGCCUGCUGCAGUCAGCCUACCUGCUCUUUAAGGUUGUAAUUAAGCCCCCUCAUACAGAGUAUUUGAAUCAAUCACAGAUCACAAAUUGAAUGAAAAUUGAAUUGAAUGAAAAUGAAUGAAAAUCCAGCUUUGUUUCUGAUGGUUUCACGUGGUCUCACUUUAACGCACCGGUCUCUUCUGCAUCUUCUUCACUGCUCUUAGGCCAAAGACCUAUUUGGUUCUAUCAUAAAAAUUCAAAAAGAAGUGUUGUCGAUGAGAUGUCCUGCACUGUGAUAACUACAAACCACUCACUGUAUGGGGAUACACUACUACAUCAUCUUAUUUUGUCAGUUGUAGGGACCUAAGAUUAAAAGUGAACAAUAAUCGAAAUCCAGUAACCUGAAACUAUUAGGAUGAUGAUGCUCUACCACAUACUUUAAUACAGGUUCAGCUUCAAUGCUGAACUCAUGUAUAGUAAAAUGUUCCUGUCCAGAACGCUGUUCAAAUCUUUCCUCAUCCUAAGUGCCUCAAAUGUCCUUUGGCAGGUUGACAGUGUGUACUGUAUUCUUUUGUUUAACUUCUCUAAUAAAUGUACAUACUCUG